AUGGCACCAGAGGUCCCCAAAACCCACAAAGCCGCCGUCUUCAAAGAAGCAGGCAAACCCCUCGUCAUCGAGGAUGUCGAAACGCCCCAGCCAAAAGAGGGCCAAGUCCUAGUCAAGGUCCUCGCAUGUGGCGUCUGUCACUCCGACAUGAUGGUACAGCAAGGAGCCAUCAACUCUCUUCGAAAUGGAAAGUCGGCGAUAGAGUCGGCGGGCCCUGGCACGGUGGCCACUGCGGUAAGCCCGUCCACCUACCUUCUAACCAAAACCCGUCGUACCCCAUAUCUCCCCUUCUUGAACCCCACUCACCUCCCUCCCCGUUCAGGAACAUGCAAAUACUGCACUCGCGGCACCAACCAAGUCUGCCUCACACAAUCGAUCAACGGCGUCAGCCUCGACGGCGGAUACGCCCAAUACGUGCUCCUGCGCACUGAAGCCGUCGUCCGCGUCCCCGCCACCCUCUCCCCCGUCGACUACGCCCCCUUCCUUUGCGCAGGCGUCACCGUCUUCAACAGCAUGCGGCACAUGUCCAUCCCCGCUGGUGCGCUUGUCGCAGUCCAAGGGCUCGGCGGGCUCGGACAUCUAGCAGUCCAGUAUGCGGCGAAAAUGGGAUAUAAAGUCGUUGUGCUAUCCAGCGGAGGCGGCAAGGAAGCUUUCGCGCGGGAGCUGGGCGCGAGCGAGUAUGUGGACGGCAGCAAAGUGGGGCACGCGGAGGCGUUGCAGGAGAUGGGUGGCGCGGCGAUGAUCGUCAGCACGGCGCCGAAUCCGGAGGUGCUGGGGCAGUUGCAGGGCGGGUUGGAGAGAAUGGGGAAGUUGUUGAUUCUUAGUCCAUCCGGCGAAGCAACAAUCAACACCAUGCCCCUCGUAGUCCAAGGGCAAACGAUCGCAGGCUGGCCGUCCGGGCACGCCAAGGACUCGGAGGAGGCUAUCGAAUUCGCAAGUAAAAACGGCAUCAAAUGUCUGGUCGAGUCGUUCCCGUUGGAGAAAGCGAAUGAAGCCUUCGACGCCAUGGCAAGCGGGAAGGUGAGAUUUAGGGCUGUGUUGACGAUGUGA